UUUUGGAGUUUUAAUUCGUAUCUUCACGAGGUACCUUGGCAGCAAAGGCAUGGAAAGAAGAAAGCUGUUUUCUGCAGUUCUGAUUAUCUCUACUUUUAUGGUGCUGCAAUGUAACGGGAUCUUUUUUGGAAAACGUUACAAUAUCCGCAAGUUUUUGUCCACGUCGAUGCCCAUAUGGACGCACACUACAACCAUAGGGAGCGACGAGUAUUGUGAAGUAGACGUAUUGCAACAGCUCUACAAAGAUGUAAUAUACUACACGCAUUCCUCCUACGAAGUGACAAAGGGAAAACUAAAAAAGGUUCAUAGAAAAAUGGAGGGAGAUUUUGACAAAUACGACAUGUACGCCCAUGAAAAAGGUCAUGUAACACAAAACUUAAAGCACGAAAUUGUCUUUUUGGAUGAAACCCACCACUGUGCCGUGAUUCUAGUCCUGCCAAUGUCUGACUUUGCGGGACGGAGAAGCAUGGAACUGCGAGUCUGGAACUCGUCCAUUCAUACUGGCCCAUCCCAUAAAUGUUUAAAGCACUACUACAGCGUAGAAAGUCACGGACAUGUCAUUUACAAACCCUACUGCCAGAAGUUAGUUUUGAACAAGCACCCAUCUCUUCUGCCACACCAGCAGCUGCAAGGACGAAAUCAUUCGCUUACUAUAGGACAGAAACCCUCGGGGUAGCUUUGGCAUAAAAAUGGAACGCACAUGGUACUUACACAUAAAAUGUUUGUGUUGAAAUAAAGUACAGCUAACACUUGGA